UCGCUAUUCGUACACUCAAGCGCAACCAUCUGUAGCCCAAAAAUUAUAUAGCGCUAUAUUUUUCUGCAGCGGUCAACUUCGGAAGGCAGCGUAUUGUCCUCUUAUAUAUGCUCAACCAACGCUGCAGAUUUCUUCUAAUUCCUCUUUCUGCGGGGGGGCUGCUGCUUUUGCCGCGCGCGCAUUUAUAUUUUAUCAAGAGACACUCGGUAGAGUUCACCCGUUCACCCAUUGGCCGAUACGGGAACCGGAACCCAGAGGCCAGGUGGGAUCGCCUCCACACGGUACUGAGGCCCCACCACCAAACGGUAGAAAGAAAAGAGAGACUCGGUAGAGUCCGAGAGUCUCGGAGUCUCGGGGUGGUCUCGGGUCUCGGGACAGUACAUUGACAGCCCUGUCAUCUGCUCCUACUGACCUGGCCCGAGAGCUCGCUCGCCGACAUCGUCGACGCCGGAUUUUAUUUUAUUUUUAUUUUUUUAUAUUAUCUCUGAAUAAAUCGAUUCGCGGUGGUGAGGGUAAAAUUUGCAUGCAUAUAAUAUUAUAUUGCUCUUCGGUGAGCGUGUGCUCUACGCAGGCGAUAACACGAGAGAAUGUAUAAUAUAUAUCAAUACAUAUGUGCGUAUAUAAAUAUACAUGUACAAAAUAGAUGUGUACAGCUGCGACAAGUGUGAUUUGAUUUUUUAUCUCUGAAUUUAAAAAAACUAUUUAAAUUAUAUAUGACGAAACCAUAAGUAUUUAUUUCGUAAAAGUGUUUAUUCUUCCUUAUUCUUCCUUAGUCUCUCGCGCGCGAGUGCAUAUAACGACUAUAUGCGGGAAAAGGUCUCAAAUAUUGUUUUAUUUUCAAACGUUUAUAAACUCUGCGAGACACAAUAUGUGAAAAAUAAACAUAACAAUUAACAGAAACAAGAAAUUAUCAAAAUGGUUAUUAAAAUAAGGAAAAUCGAGGUGAUUUCGGAGAUUUUAGAAAGUUACGAUGGACGAGACAAGUUGUUGAAAUUGUUUACUUACUCUGCUAAGCUUGCUACUCUAUUUACUAAAUCGCCGAAAACAAGUGAAAAAUUCUCUCAAUUUGGAAGUAAAAUGAGCGAAUGCCGAGUUAUUUUGAGACUUAUGAGCGAUGUUCCUAUAUUGCAAGGUACAAUAGCCUAUGGAUGGGGUAGACAGGAAACUAAAGGAUUCGUGCGGCUAAUGAAAGUACUAGAGAAUAUUAUUGAUCUCAUUGCCUCACCUGUUGAACAUAUUUGUUGGAUGGGAGAACAAAAAUUUAUCCUUGCUGAUGAAAGAUUUUGGGAUCAUUUGAGCACUUGGUUAUGGAAUACGAACCUUGCUCUUGCACUAUUAAUAUCAAUGGUAAAAUUGAUGGAAAUGAAACCCGAGACGCGCCAUGAAUCAUUCGUGAAUCCACAAAAUUUACCCGGAACUGGUACAAACCCAGUAGAGGCAGAUUCCAAAGGAUGGAAUAAUCAAUUCUUGACUUGUCUGCGCUUGGGACUGGAUUUAGUUUAUGCAAUGAAUAGCCUUCCCUCGGGUCCACCCUGGCGAGUCCCCUUGAAAUCAUGGCAAGGAGGAUUGCUCGGAACACUGUCAGCUUCAAUAGGAAUUUAUCAACUGUACAAAAAAAUUUAUAUCGCAGCGGAUAGUUGUAACGGGUGAACUGUUGCUGCUAUAAGUGCGAGAAAAUGAAUCCGUAUUCCGGGAGUGAAAACAUUUACUGCUCUGUUUGCCGACCUUUCAAAUGGAUUCUCAAACAUUAUUUUCGUCUCCGAACGUGCGAUGAUAGUGCGUAAAUCGAUGCUAAAAAUUUUAAACUCGAGUAAUAUUUGUCGCAAUCAUGGUACCUGGUUUUUGUAAUAAGAAAAAUGUUCGUUAUACAAGUAUUUAUUGUUGCCAACAAGUUGAUUAUUUUUUGUCACAAACAAUAGUUUCAAUUGUGUUGUUUAGCUAUAUAGAGGCACAAAAAUGAUCAUUGUCAUCUGAAAUCUUUCAGUUUUCAUAACAAAGAAAAUCGGUAUUUUUAAAAAAUUUUCAAUGUAGAGAGUCAAUUGGCUCUUCUAUAAAUUGUACAUACAGAGAAAUACAAUAAUAUAUAAUUCAAGCUGAUGACGUAGAUUUACAUUUUUGUAUUAUUGAAAAUUUUUGUUCAAUAUAGAUGGAAUUAAAGGACCCAGCGUCAUAUUUUCUUUUCA